AUGGGGGUUGAGACAUAUGGUGUGGAUAAGAAGCAAAAUUUUCUCAUGCGGGUUGCUUUGCUAUGGACCAUUAGUGACUUUCCUGCUUAUGCCAUGCUUUCUGGUUGGAGCACUGCAGGAAGGCUUGCAUGCCCAUAUUGUAUGAAUAACACUGAUGCAUUUACUUUGCCAAGAGGUGGCAAACAAUGUUGGUUUGACAAUCAUCGCAAAUUUUUGAACCAUAACCAUCCAUGGCAGAAGAAUAAAUCAUGGUUUAGAAAAAACAAAGUUGUAACUGAACAUCCACCUCUAGUAAGGACUGGAGAGGAAAUUUUGCAUGAGAUAGAGAGUCUUGGAUUAAUGAGAGUGACAGAUCCAGGUUCAGAUGUUGUUAAUGCUGUUAUUAGUAAGACAUGUGGAUGGAGGAAACGCAGCAUAUUCUGGGAUUUACCUUAUUGGAGUUCCUUGCUUAUUAGACACAACCUUGAUGUAAUGCAUAUUGAAAAGAAUUUUUUUGAUAACUUGUUCAAUACCAUUAUGAAUAUAGAGGGUAAAACAAAAGAUAAUGCAAAAGCAAGAGAAGAUAUGAGGGAAAUAUGUCGGCGGCCUGAGUUGGAGGUUAAUGCAGAAACUGGCAGGUAUCCAAAAGCAAUAUAUGCAUUGGACAAACCGGCAAAACAAGUUAUUUGUGAAUGGAUGAAGGGACUCAGAUUUCCUGAUGGUUAUGUGUCUAACAUGGCUCGAUGUGUCGACAUGAACAAGUACAGAUUAUUUGGAAUGAAAAGUCAUGAUUGUCAUAUUUUCAUGCAAAGGUUGUUGCCUAUUGCUUUUCGUGAAUUAUUACCAAUGAGAGUGUGGGAAGCAAUUACCGAGCUAAGUAUUUUCUUUAAGCAACUAACGAGUACGAUCUUACGGGAGGAAGAUAUGCAAAGGCUUGAAGAGGACAUUCCGGUUAUACUAUGCAAAUUGGAGCGAAUAUUUCCUCCGGGUUUCUUCGACUCGAUGGAACAUCUUCGAGUUCAUCUUGCAUAUGAAGCUCGCAUUGGGGGUCCAGUGCAAUAUCGUUGGAUGUAUCCUUAUGAGCGGUACAAUGGAAUUUUAAAGAAGAAUAUUAAAAAUAAAGCCAAAGUUGAAGGAUCAAUUGCUAAUGCAUACUUGGUAGAAGAAGCAUCUUCUUUUUGUGCUUACUAUUUUGAGUCACAUGUUUCUACAAGGCAUCGACGGGUUCCACGUAAUGAUGAUGGUUGCGUAGUGGAAGAUCAGGAGAUUGAAGGAAAUUUAUCAAUAUUCAAAUAUCCGGGUAGACCCAUAGGUCAAUCAAAGAAAAGGAUAUUGACAAAGGAUGAAAGAAAUGCAGCUCAUUUAUAUAUCUUACUAAAUUGUGAAGAAGUUUCGCCAUUUAUCAAGUAAGUGAAAUUCACCGCCAAAUUAUAAAUUUAAUAGUCUUCUAAAAUGCAUAUAUAUUCAUGGAAAUAACCAAAGUUGUAUAAUUUCUCCUAAUGCAAGAAUAUAUAUUGAGAAACUACGGAGGAUAUCACCUAACAUUACCGAUGGGGAGGUAGACAUCACAUUGGAGAAAAACUUUCCCACAUGGAUCAAAGCAUACGUACAUGAACCAACCAACACAGUGAACAAUCCUCUCAUCCAAGAUUUAGCCAAAGGACCUCUAAAUACAGUGAAUGUGUACACAGGAUACUAUGUAAAUGGAUACAAAUUUCACACUGAGGGACGAAGUGCUAAUCGAAUGACGGUGAAUUAUGGUGUAUGCAUUAA